CUUUCGUUCUCUCUCUCUCUCUUCUCUCUUCUCUCUUCUCUCUCUCCGUCGGUUCGCGUCUCUCGCUCCGUCCUCUCCCUCCGGAAAAUCUCCAGAGGGGCGCGCGCAUUGGUGGUGGGGUCCGGGGAGGAGGAAAGGAGCAAGGUAAAUGGAAAUCUAGUUGCAUUUCAAGUGGUGUCAUCCAUUGACAGAGCUGUGGAUCUUACAAGGGAAAAUUAAUCCUUCACACUCCCUGUCUCCAUAGAAAGGGAUGGUGGUUCUAUUUCCCCAAUCUUAUGGAAUUCACUACUGGGAACUCCCAUUCCAGUGAAAAGCAGCCUGUGGAGUCUUGCAAGUCUUUGGAAGAAGGAAAAAAGGCUGUAGGAAAAGAUGUGGACACCUCUUUGUUUGUCAAUCAUGCGGCAGUAGCUUGGCAUGAGAAUAGAAGGAAGUGGGUUGGAGAUCAGACUCAAAGAUCAACAAGAAUGGUCAAGGAUGAAAUUAUAAGCUGGUCCACAACUUACGAGGAACUUUUAUCAACUAAUGAACCAUUUUCUGAGCCCAUUCCUCUUCCGGAGAUGGUUGAUUUUUUGGUUGAUAUCUGGCAUAGCGAAGGCCUCUAUGAUUAGACCGUGGAUCUUUCUUGUCAUUCUGUAACGUGAUGGAGUCGAUCGAGAUAGGAAACACUCGAAUUAAUGGAAUAUUACCAAAGGUCAAGGAACUCAGAGUGAUUUGUCCAUUUAGUUAUCAGAUCAAGCCAUGGAUUUCCUUAGACGACCAUUCAUUCUCACGGUUCUUUCCCGACAUUAGUCUGAGAUACUAAACAUUUAUAGUUUAGUGCUCCAUUCUAACCAUUAUUCCUCAAAUACUGGGGACUCACUAAAUGACAGCUUUGUUGGAUUGAACUACUGGUUGUAAUCACCUAAAUUUGUAUGUUGGAAAUGAAUAAUAAUCUAUGUUCCUCUUAUCAA